AGUUUGCGACACAGAGAAAUUAAUUCUUUUUGUAUCUUUUAUAUAAAAAUUUGAAUCAAUUUACCAUUAUCGGCCAGCAGGAUGUCGCAGAUUGUAAGAUCCGAGCAGCUAAAUUUUCUUUUCGACAUUAUUGUCACCCAUCUGGAGAUGACCAAGGAUAGAAUUGAUAAUCCAGCAGGCAUCACAGCAAACAUCAAAUUCAACAAGAAACCACUAACGCUUACAGCCAGUCGCAUCAAUGUUACGGACUUUAAGCCUGGCCGACAAACCGAAUUCACGGCAGAACCAAACGCGCUUCGCAAAAACUUGGAGGAUGAUGGCCUGACUAUUGCCAUACGCUAUUCUGGUGCAACGCUUGGUUCGGCUACAAUUGAAUUUCCGCCCGAGUUCACCGAUCGCAUCGAUGCUGGGAUGAACGAUCUAAUGCAUUCGGCCAGCUGUGCGCUAAUACGAGCCAAUCUGGAAGUAGGCAAAGCCACCAUCAUGUGCAUGCUGACCAUCAAAUGCGAGGAGCCGCCACAGCCAGAUGUUGAAGGCGUCACCUGCAGAGAGCUGGCUGCCAAUAUUAAUGAUCCCGAUAUAAUGUUUGUCAUUGGCGAGCCAAAUCCCUGCAUUAACGUCAAUCGCUGUGAGGAGCAGGUGCCAGCUGAAGAGGGCGACGAGCGGCUUGGAUUGGAUUUAGCACGUUAUAGAAAAUAUAAUGAACGCGUCCUGCACGCUCCUGAAGACACAUUGACUGCCGAGGCCUGUUGUCAGCUGAAGCGACUGACCAUGCAGUAUGGCGAUAUCAUAGAUUCGGUGGUUAAGCAGGUGUCUGAGCUGCCCACGCAAAUCGCAGAUGAUGACAAAAUAUUCACAGAUUGGGCGCCCAAGCCACAGCAGCCGGUUGAUCGACGAGAGCGCACCAUACCUGUGCCAGUGGGCGACUUGGAGGUGGAGGGCAUCAAGCCAAUACGCUUCUGUCCUGUUUGCUUGACAGCCAUGUCCUAUUUGCCCAAGUACGCGCCUUGUCCGACUUGCGCCGCCAAGCCCAUGCCACAGCUUGAUGAGAUGCCAGAUCCACCGCUAAGUGCUACGCAGAUCAUAAAGGAAUAUGUCAGAGAUCCACCCAAGUUUGAAGAUGACUAUUGUAUUGAUCCUUGCGACAUGAAAGAGCCUGUAAACGAUGAUCCUUGCGCCACUUGUCGCUGCACUUGCAAGUUUGGCAAAUUCUGCGCUCACUGCCGCAUACGCAAACUCUGCGCUGACAUCUUCAAUCCAAAGGCAGCUGAAGCUAAGAAGUGCCCCAAGACAAAGGCAAGUGUGGAUGAGGAUUUUCGCAUCAUAGCCGAACCGGAGGAUGAAUGUCGUCCGUAUCUGGAGCGCGUGUUCUCUGAGCUGAAGUAUUUGUACGAUAAGCGGGAUGCCAAGAAGCUGAACGAUCUGAAGAAUCGCUGCACAAACUCGCAGCUCUCAUUCCGGAAUCCAGAUGGCUCAGAGAGUGAUACACAAACUGUUUCCUCCACAGCUUCGAUUAGCGCGCCACUUGGGCCGCCUUCGUUUCUGCAACGCCAGUCGCCGCCUAAGAUCGGACACAAGGAUUGCAUGAAGCGCGAGGAUGCCGUUUCCAAGCGCCACGGCUGGGCUUGGGCAUCCAGCAAAGAGGCACGCAAGUAUGGCUGGCGUCCUGGCGCCAUCUGCCGUUAUGUAGGCAGCGUUAUGCGUUUCUUCCUGGAGUACACGCCAGAGCAGAAUGCAUACAAUCGCUGUCGCCAAACGUUGGAGGAGCUGCAGGAAAAGCAGCGCCAGCUGCCCACGCUCAGUGUGCGCAAGCAGAAUGGCGCAAUUCUCAUUACGCUGCGAGCGCUCAACAGCAACAAGGUGGAGAUGAAGCCCAUCAUCUUCAAGGUUGUUAAAAGCGAUCUGGCAAUGGCUUUGCGUGAAAUCAAGCAGGCGCUCAAGGCCAAAGGAUUCCGCAAGUGCACCUGCCACAAAGCGCUCAAGCUCUGCAACUGCCGCGAUACAGAUGAAAAGCAAAAUCUCGAGCAUGCAGUGAAGCGAGAGUGUAGCCGGCGCGGCAUGCAAAACUGCGAGGAGCAACUGAUACUGACGGACACCAGUGAGAGCGAGAUGGAGUACGACUUUGAUUUGACACCGCCAGCGGGUGUGCCAAGGCCUCCGCGUCGGCUUAAGCCGCGCUAUGUAAACACAGCCUGCCAGACGAGCAAAAAAGAUCUGGUAGUGCCGCCCAGAUAUCCCAUAUCCAUAGAUCCCUACUAUCGCAGCUAUGACUGUGCUGUGGGCGAUCGCUUUACAUCCACAGCUUUUGGCGCACCUGGCGAGGAUGUGUUUGAGGAUGGCAUUUUUGGCUUCGGCGGCGGUGGACCACACGGCGCCGGCAACAAGCAGAAGAACAAAGCUAUAUGGGGCUCUAAGCCAGGUGGACCCAUGCGCGGCGGUGGCGGCGGCCGUGUGCCUGUUAGUGGCGGUCCCGGUGGUCCGCACGGUCCGCGUGGCGGCGGCUUCAACGUUACUCGUUCCGAUCAAGGCGCAUUCGGCAAGUCUUUCCCAGCUAAGCCAAAAUCAGCUCCUUCCAAACCCAUUCCUGUGCGAAUGCCUCAACGCUAUUAUAAGGCCAUUGAAGAUAAAGCCAAAGCUGAAGAGAAAGCCAAAGAGCAAGCCAUACAAAAGAAGAAACAGGGCCCCGAUAUGAUGAAGUAUCUAAUGGAAAAAGGCACCGUCGCCACACCCUGGAAUCCCAAUGAGCCCAAGGGCAAAGAAAAAACAAAAUCUACUCUCAAUGUGGGCGAAGAUGGACUCACCGAUGCGCAGCGCCGGCGCAAAGCUCUCAGUCAAAAUCCGAUGCCACCAUUUGAAACGCUGGCCAAGCUCGGCAAGGGCUACGAUCCAUGUAUUCCACAUUAUUUUGAUGCUUGUGCUGCCCAGUGUUAUUAUCCGCGUCCUUUCUACUGCUGACGGGCAGUGCAUAAAUUUUGAAUUUACCUAAACCUAUAGGUAAUGCUCUUAAGUGUCUCAAAAAAUUAUAUAUAUAAUGUACGCUGCAUGUUAACUAACUACAAAAAAUUAACAAAAUAGUAA